AUGGCCGAGGAAGGAAUUAAUCGUUACGUAGGCGUUGUUUGGAGUCAUGCCGUUGACUCCACAACUCUCAAAGAUUUCGAUCUUGACCCUUCACAAAAUCUCCUCGCCGCGCUCAAUCAGUCUAUCGAUCGUUUCUGUCUGGGGAUAUAUAACACACGAUCUGCGCACCUGCAGUGUUUGUCGUACGACAGACGACUUAUAAUUGCGCCACAAGGGCCAUUGGAGACUCAAACUAAACAUUGUCUUUCGAAAUUACGUCCUUAUUGUCUGGGGUCGAGAGACUUGCCCAAGUGGGGCUGUGUCAUAAGGUGUCACGACGGCUGUUGGCUGUUGUUGGUCCCCGCCAAUAGGAGGGUAAUCAUGACAUCAGUAUCCACGGAGAUGCUUGUGUACAUUGGCUGGCGCGUCAUGGGCUGUCCAAUUCACCCGUCAGGCCUGAGCCCUCUUAAAGCAGGCACCUCUAGUGGUUCCUUGUGGCGCAAUGACUCGGCGAGCCAGGACACCAAUGGGGUAAAGCGGCAGCGGCAUUUAUACAAUGUACUUCGAAGUUCGGAGGUUUUGACCACCCUUACACCGUCUCCUGUCCUCUCCAGCACCCUGAUAACCAAAUGGGUAAUAGCCGUUAUGAAUCACGAAGAAUUGCUCUUGCGGCACCCUUGCCCCAUCUACGGAUGUAUUGAAGGUCCCGUAGGUCCCUGGUAUAUCCUGGCGGUUCCUGGGACCUCGAUGGCACCUCGAAAGCCCAAUGUGCGGGGGACACAGGUACUCGGGAGCGUCGCUAGCGAUCCACGUCGAGGAAUGUUUGGUGGAAUCAAGGCAAGCAACGUCGAGCUAGAUCAUUGUCCCCUGCUCUUUAACGCGGCUACAUCUGCCACAGCUGGGACCAGACGAGCUGGCAGGUUGUACGUCCUGCCUUCCAGCUUGUCUUGUCCCGACUAA